GAUUUUCAGAAAAUCAAUCCCAACCAAGUUGUCAGUUUAAUACUGUUUACCAAACAUGUCGCUGUUGGAAAAUAUGACGGGAAGUAUCUAAACUUUUAAUAUUGGAUAUCAUCUAUGAAAAGUCAGGUAUGAACUCAAAAAGGAUGCUCUAUCAGGCAACUUCUGCUGUCUGUUCCAUUUGUUCCUCACGUAAGAGGACAAAACAGAUUAGACUACUGUUAUUCCUACUACCUAAAUUUAUGGUUAAGGACAACCAAUAAUGCAGAAAUUAAGGGGAAAAAAAUACAAUAUAUAUUGGUGUAGCCAUCAACUAUCUAUUUUCUUAAUAUUUCUGCUAAUUUCUUACAUACAAUUUAAAAAUAAGGACGAGUUCUUGCCGUCCAAACCUGGAUUUUUGUAAUAAACUAAUCACAGUUCUUUCAAAAGACUGUAUCAUAAAAAGAAUCACCAUUAAAAAAUUAGUCCAACCAUGACAGUUUCCUCAAGUUGAUUGCCCUUGUGCAUUAUUAUAUCAGGAUUUUUGUUAAAUCAUCAAUAGUUUUUCUUCGGUUGAACGGCUUUUGUAUAUACCGUUAAUAACACCCUGACAACUUCUCUUUUGUCCCCCUAAAUACAUAAUUUAUACACUCAGUGAGCAUACAAUCUAAGUUCAAAGCAAAUGGCAGUUCAUUCUUUGCUCUCAGUAUUUUCAUUGUUCAUUUUUUCAUUCUCCCUUGUCACAGCUCAAUCUCCUAAUGCUGCAGAUACAAAUUUUAUGUGCUCCAAGAACUCGCCUGUAUCGUGUGAUACAUAUGUUACAUACAGAGUGAGAUCACCUUAUUCAGAUCUAGGAAAUAUAUCUGAACUGUUUCGAGUCAACCGAUCAGUUAUAGUAACUGCUAAUGGUUUAGCAUCGGAGAAUGCUGAACUGGUUCCUGGUCAGCUCUUACUGAUACCGAUCACAUGUGCUUGCGAUGGACUGAAUUAUUUCUCUAAUGCCACGUACAAGAUUAAGAAGGACGACACCUUCUAUUCGGUUUCAAUCAAGCCUUUUCAGAACCUCACAAAUUAUCAUGUGGCGAUGGACAUGAAUCCCACAUUGAAAGCAAACAACUUGACAAUUGGGGAGCAAGUGGUCUUCCCUUUACUCUGUAAUUGCCCUGGAAAUUCCUAUUCAGACAAGGGGAUUAAAUACCUUGUGACUUAUGUAUGGCAACCGGUUGAUGAUUUAAGCUCCGUAAGUAAUAUGUUUAAGGCAUCACAGCCAGAUAUUGCAGAAGAAAACAAUAACAGAAACUUCACUGCUGCAAUUUUUCUACCGGUUUUGAUCCCAGUAAAGUCUUCUCCAGUUCUACAGCAACGUUUUCCUCCUCCUGCCAUUGUGAAGAAAUCAAAAAGUCAUUGGCUCCUCAUUGCAAUUUUAAGUACUGUAGUGGCUCUUUUGAUUAUUUUAUCAAGUGUAUUGGCGUAUAUACACCUUUUACACAAGAAAAAGAGAGCAUUGGCCCGGAAUAGUUCUUCGCUGGAAACAUCUGAUCUGAUUCCAACCAAGAAAGUUCCUAAAGUUGAAAUAUUUGAGCAGAAAGCGAUUCAGGAUAAGCUGCUUCCUGGAGUUUCAGGAUAUCUUGGCAAGCUGAUACUGUAUGAACUGCAGGUUAUUAUGAAGGCAACUAUGGACCUAAAUGAACGGUAUCGUAUUGGAGGAUCAGUCUACAGGGCGAUUAUUAAUGAUCAGGUUUUUGCAGUAAAGAAAACACGAGAUGCCACAGAGGAGCUGCAAAUACUACAGAAAGUAAAUCACGCGAAUUUGGUGAGGUUAAUUGGUGUUUGCUCAGACAAUGAUGGGAAUUUUUUCAUAGUUUAUGAAUAUGCCGAGAAUGGAUCACUAGAGAAAUGGCUUUCCCGAAAACGUUUGUCAACUUCGGGCACAGGGGAAUACCUCACUUGGAGCCAGAGGUUAUUUAUAGCCCUAGAGGUCGCAAAUGGUAUCCAGUACAUGCAUGAGCAUGCUCAACCAAGCGUCGUUCAUAAGGAUAUCAGAACAAGCAACAUACUCCUCGAUUCUACUUUCAGAGCCAAGAUUUCAAAUUUCUCUACGGCAAGGCAUGCAACUUGCUCUAUCAUGUUAAAGAUUGACGUGUUUGCUUUUGGAGUUGUUCUUCUCGAGUUACUUUCAGGCAAGAAAGUUAUGGAAGCCAGAGAUAAUGGUGAAGUUGUCAUGUUAUUCAAAGAAAUAAAGGGAAUCUUGGAAGAUGAUUAUUACAGAGAAGAGAGGAUAAGGAGGUGGAUGGAUCCAAACUUAAAGAACUUGUACCCUAUUGAAGGCGCUCUAAGCUUGGCAACCUUGGCAACAGCAUGCACAUCAGAUAAAUCCUCUGAUAGACCAGGAAUGACAGAAAUCGUCUUCAACCUAUGCGUUCUGACUCAAUCGUCUCCUGAGAUGUACGAAAAGUCUUGGACAUCAAAAUUUGAAGUUGAGGAAGUUGUGCCUGUUAUUAGUCCAGUCAUAGCUCGUUGAUUCAGCAUAUACAAGCAGAAGUUUGCAUGUGUAAUUUUUCUUAUCAUGUAAUAUGGAAAAACUGAAAACAAUCGUGUAUAAAUUUUCUUGCAGAGAAAUUUUCAAAUGAUUGCUUUCGUUAUCUUUGUUUAA